AUGAAUGCUAAUGAUCAUACAUACGACGAACCUACUGAAGAGAGAGUAUAUACACAACUUGCAUCCAUUUCAGGUGAUUAUCGAAAGUAUGAUGACUUAAAACCAUCAAGAUCGUAUCACUCAUAUUUUGAACCUCAACCAGAUCCUAAACCAAAUUAUGUAUGCAAAGAUGUGAAAAUCAAAUUUUGGAUAGCAUUCACUACUGUUAUUAUCAUAGGAUUAGUAGCUGGGCUGACGUACAUUGUGAUUCAGUCUCGCUAUAAUACAGAAGUAUGUUUUAAAUCUAACAACAGAGGAAAUUCAGGUUUUCGGGUAUCAGAAAUUAGGACAAAAUGUCCAAAUGACUGGAAGACAUUCGAUGUGUGGUGUUAUAAAGAAUUUUCAGAACGUCGAACAUGGUUUCAGGCACGUGAUUAUUGUCGAAGUAUCGGAACUGAUCUAGUUAGUGUUCAUAACGAAAGGGAAACCAAUUUUCUAAUUACUUAUUUUACACAGACUUUUCAGUGGUUAGGACUCAACAAUUUUCAAAACAAUGGGAAGUAUGUCUGGAGUGACGAAACAAUUUUGAAUUAUACUGAUUGGGGAAAAAACGAACCGAAUAACUUCAAUAAUAACGAGAACUGCACACACCUUUUUAGUUUAAACCCUAGAAAGUGGAAUGACAACAACUGUUUUAUGUCGUUGAGAUUUAUAUGCAAAAUGCAAAUUCAUCCAAGAUGUGGGCCUGGGGAUUGGAUAUAUUACAAUAAUUCUUGUUAUUCAUAUGAUACAUUACUUGUUGUUGAUUUUACAGAGGCCCGUACAUUUUGUAGGAACAAUGGUUCAGAUUUAGUUUUCAUUGGGUCUAAAGAGGAAUAUAAUUUCAUAUUAAGUCAAACUUCUAAACACCAAGGUGCUGAUUUUUGGAUUGGAUUACAGAAACAAAGGAAUCAGACAUACAGAUGGAUAGAUGGCAGUCAUCCUACGUACCUCGCCUGGGGUAUAGAUGAACCCAAAACAGAUAAUAAUUCAUGUGUCAAAUCAUCUACUAUGUAUGGAAAUUGGGAGGGUGAUAGUUGCAGCAAUCAAAAUCGGGUUGUUUGCGAGAAACAAUUACUUAGAAAUAAAUAAAAAAUAUCACUAGUUAGAAAACUGAAUAUUUGUACAAAGUUUUGAAAAUCAAAAAUAUAUUUUACUGAUGCAUA